UUAAUGUACCCAAUCGUCUAGCGUCAUCGUUAAGAACAUGACGUUGGAAAUCCUUCGGGUUGAAAACAAACCCGCAAAUCGAAUACAUGUGAUGAUAUAAAGCCCCCUGAUGAAUUAUUAGAUGGGUUGAUAUCAAUCACAUGAAUCAUGGAGAGUCACGCAGCCUAUUCAUGGGAUCAUCCCCGAUACUCCAGAAAUUCGACCAGUUAUUCCUCCUCGCCCAGAGAGACAAGCCGGAAGCAAAGCUGCUCCUCAGUCAGUGAAGAUGAUCAUGAUAGUUGCGUCGGGAUGGCGAGCGGCUCCAAGUACCCACCACUCUUUUGCAGAUCCAGCGAAAGAUGCUGCCCCCCUAGCAGCCCUCCGUACAGCCCACCAUGCUGUCCUCAAUACUGCCCACCAUACUGCCCUCCAGUGUGCUCGAAAGCGUGCAGCUGCUCUGACCUCAGGAACUGCAGCCCUUGCAGUAGCCCGUGUAGUGACAGCCUCAGCCCGUGUUGCUCUCGCAGUGUACAUAAGCCGAUCCGUCUGAUCGUAUCUCCUAAACGUCGUCCUUUCUUUGCAGAAUUGAAUCAAUGCGGAUUUUUCAACCUUUUCGGUAUAAUUCUGUUUCUAGUCGUGGCAGCUCUCUUUACAAUGUCUCUGAUAGAAUAUAUCCUGUACCACGAAUACUACGGGGAUCAAGGUCAGGCACCAGGCUGAGAACUGAGAACAAAGUAAAUGAUAAUGAAUUGAUUCUCUUAGAACAGAGGAACCGAUACGAACACUAGAGUAACUUCAACCAUGCCAGUUAGGAGAGGAAUUUAAAAGCCAGAGCUGAAACCAGAUUUAAGUUAGUCAAAUUUUGUGAUCCCAGAUGGGAUGAUGUGGACUAUAAAGGAUAAAUUAUCUUAUCACUCAAGACGUCAAAUAAGGAUAAGUAUUAGAUCAUGCUAUCAAUCGGUGAAGAUAAGUCUUAAGAUAGAAGAAUUUUCACGUGUUAACGAAAGGGGGAUAAUUCUUAGUACUCAAUGAUGUUACAAUAUUGAAUGAGUUAUUCCCAUGUAUUGCGCUAUAACAAUGUUGAUGUGUAGUUUUGAAUAAUAAAAAAGUUGAUUUCUAUUUCGAAAGAAAGUCCACUUUAAAAAAUAUAUACUCUUAUAGAUAUUUUCUAUUC